CCACAGCACCGAUUCGCGACAAUUGGUACCCGGCCAAGCAAACUAAAAGCCAUUAACUAGGACUUCCAUAGAUGAGACGCAUUCUCUGAAACUAGCGCGUGCGUGUGUGUGUGUGUGUGUGUGCGUGCGAGUGCGUGUGCUCAAGUGUUGUGCACACACCCCAAGCCAGGAUAAGACUUUACUGUGUUUCUAGGUUUCUACUGAAGCGGCAGACGUGAUGCUGCUGAAAUUGACUCUGCUGACAACUCUGCUGACGCUGACGCAGGCGGCGCGGCUGGAUAACAAAUACCUGCCACCGCCAGCGAAUGCGGCCAGUGCGGGCGGCGGAGCUGGCACGGGACUACAAGGUCCGGGCGGCGGAGGCGGCGGCGGCUUUGGUGGCAGCAAUAAUGGCCUGGGCGGCAUUAAUAACGGACUCGGUGGAUUCUCUGGCGGGGGCGGGCCCAGCAGGCCAAUUGGAGCAGCUCCCUCUCCGCCACGUGCACCCAGCGCUCCGGCUCCGCCCGCCGGCGGACCACCAAUACCCAUUUUGUCCUUUGUAAACGAAAAUGAUGGCGAUGGCAACUAUCGCUUCAGCUACGAGACGGGCAACGGCAUCAAGGCGCAGGAGGAAGGAACCGUGAAGAAUAAGGGCUCCGAGAACGAGAUACCCUCGGUGAUGGGCUCCUACACCUACACCAAUCCGGAGGGUGAACUAGUUGAGAUCUCCUACACGGCAGAUGAGAACGGUUUUGUGCCAUCGGGAGCUGCUCUUCCCACACCCCCGCCCAUUCCGGAAGCCAUAGCCAAGGCGCUGGCAGCCCAGGGCAUCUCUCCCCUUCCUGGCGGUGGCUACAGCGGAGGUGCUGGUGGUGGUGGUGGUGCUGGAGCCGGAGGCGGAGCUGGCGCGGGAGCAGGUGGAUUUGGUGGCGGUGGCCGAGGUGGCGCACCUGGCGGAGGUGGUGCUGGAGCAUAUGGCGGAGCUGGCGGCGGCGCUGGCGGAUACGGAGGAGGUGCAGGUGGUGCUGGAGCUGGCGGAUUCGGAGGUGGCGCAGGUGGUGCUGGUGCAGGAGGAUUUGGUGGAAGCGCCGGUCGUGGUGGCGCACCAGGCGCUGGUGGCACUCCAGGAUUCGGUGGUGCUGGCGGAGCAGGUGGAGCCGGCGGAUUCGGUGGCGGUGCUGGCCGAGGAGGUGCACCUGGCGGUGCUGGAGCUGGAGGAUUCGGCGGUGGCGCAGGUGGUGCUAGUGCUGGAGGAUUCGGUGGCGGUGCCGGUCGGGGAGGAGGCGCUGGAGGUGGUGCUGGCGGUGGUGCGGGAGGAGGUGCUGGAGCUGGAGGCUACGGUGGAGGCGCAGGAGCUGGUGGAGCUGGUGGAUUUGGUGGUGGCGCAGGUCGUGGAGGCGCUGGAGGUGGUGCUGGAGCUGGAGGUUACGGUGGCGGCGCAGGUGCUGGUGGAGCUGGUGGAUUUGGUGGUGGUGCAGGUCGUGGAGGUGCACCAGGAGGUGGCGGUGCUCCAGGCUUUGGUGGUGGCGCAGGUGGGGCUGGAGCUGGAGGAUUCGGAGGCGGCGCUGGUCGUGGAGGUGCUGGAGGUGGCGCUGGAGGUGGUGCUGGCGGUGGUGCGGGAGGAGGUGCUGGAGCUGGAGGCUACGGUGGAGGUGCAGGUGGAGGUGCAGGUGGUGCUGGAGCCGGUGGCUUCGGAGGCGGCGCUGGUCGUGGAGGCGCACCAGGAGGUGGUGGCGCACCAGGCUUUGGUGGUGGUGCAGGCGCUGGCGGAGCCGGAGGAUUCGGAGGCGGCGCUGGUCGUGGAGGUGUUGCAGGUGGUGCUGGAGGAGGCGCAGGAGGUGGUGCUGGAGCUGGCGGUUAUGGUGGAGGCGCAGGUGCUGGCGGAGCUGGUGGAUUCGGAGGCGGUGCUGGGCGUGGUGGCGCACAAGGAGGUGGUGGUGCUUCCGGAUUUGGUGGUGCUGCAGGCGGACCCGCAGGCGGCGCUGGACGUGGUGGUGCACCAGGCGGAGCGGGCGCUCCCGGCAUCGGUGGUGCUGGAGGGGCAGGUGGCGCUGGAGGAUUCGGUGGUGGCGUGGGUCGUGGUGGUGCACCUGGCGGAGGUGGUGCUCCCGGAUUCGGUGGUGGCGCUGGGGCCGGAGGCUUCGGAGGUGGUGCCGGCCGAGGUGGUGCGCCAGGAGCUGGUGGCGCUGGACGAGGUGGCAGUGGCGGCGGCGGCGGCGGUGCUGGCGGCCCUGGCGCACAAUACAUUCCUCCUCUUGCAGCUGGUGGUGGACGCGGCAACGGCGAGUUCGAUCCACAAACCGGGUACAGCUAUUAGAUCGCCUAAGGUCGACAGAUGAAACCUCAGUGCAACGCAUUCUGCCGCUAAUUACCCUUAGUUCUUUGCUCCUAAGAGCACAAGAGAGUUCCCCGCUGUCCGAUAGCAUUACUCUUAAAAUUUCUAUAAGUUUCCUGUCUUCCAAAAUUAAGACUUAGUUCAUAAGCUGACAAGAGAUAAAAGAUAUUUAAGGCGUAUUUCGAAUGUUUCUAUAAUGUUUCCAUUGUUAGAAGCUUCUCACUUGUUGCAAACGAUUUCUAGAAUAA